CCGAGCUGAUGCUGAGGAGGAAAUAUAGGACAACAGGAGGAGGAGGAGGAGGAGGAGGGAGCACUGCGUGGAGCCGUAAAGAGGAAACAGAGCUGCAGCAGACCGAGCUGCACCAUCUGCAUCUCUUCACCAGUCAUCUCUGAGCUCCAGCAGGAUGAAGGGGCUGCAGCGACUCGGCCUUCCCGGAGCGUGAGGACCCUCACAGGGCCGCGUCUGCCUCGUCCUCACCCGCACCUCACCCCUCUGUGUGUAGCUCUGAUCCUCCAUCUCUCUGCAGCAGCAGCGCGGCCUCUCUGCUCUAUCAGCUGAAACAUGGACGGACUCCGCCUGCCCCCCCUCAUAGAGGAGGUCCUCGACUCCUCCGACGAGCUGUGUGAGCUGAAGGAGGACAAACCCACCAAGUUAGGAGACACUCUGACGGCCAAAGAGAGGGAGUCCCUGGAGGACAAGGAGGAGACGGUGGGAGACGGAGAGGAGAAGGAGGUGAAGGAGGAGAAGGAGGAGGAAGGGCCAGGAGGAGAGGAGGAGGAGGAGGAGCUGGAGGAGCUCAGAGCUCAGAUGUUACAGCUGCUGCUGGAGCUGGAGGAGACCAGGGAGGUUUCCCAAAAACACGAGGAGAGCUUCCUGGAGCUGCAGGGUCUGUUAGAGGACGAGCGUUUGGCGAGCGCUCAUCAGGCCGAGAGUUUCACCAGACAGAUCCAGAGACUGCAGGCCCAGCAGAGGGCGCUGCAGGAGGAGAUGGACAGUCUGGAGGAGGAGAAGGAGAGCGAGCUGGAGGAGGCUCUGGAGGAGCUGCGUGCGGCCCAGGAGGAGGUGGUGCUGCUGCAGCAGGCGGCGGAGGAGGCGGCGGCGGAACGCGAGAACGACAUCGCCUCCAUGCAGGAGGAGCUGUGCAAGCUGAGGGCGGAACUUCAGCGUCUCCACGGCAGCACACAGGAGUACGAGCUGGAGAUCGCCUCGCUGAGGGCCGAGAUCAACAUGAAGAGCCAGGACGCACAGACACAGGGUGAUGUGAGUCAGGUGAAGGAGGAGUUUCUCUCUCUGAAAGGUGAACAACAAUCUCUGAGCAACAAAAACAAAGAGCUGAGCAGCAAAGUGGAGCAACUGAAGCAGCGAGACACAUGUGAUGACGUGUACCUGGCAGUCAGAGGUGAGGGCGACAGUAAGCCUGAGCAGGAGGACCAGGUGAAGGCGGACUCUUACAUCAGCUUGUCCCAAUCCGGUCCAGAGGAUCAGGAGGAGGUCCAGGAGGAGGUCUGUGGCUCGGAGCUGAACGUCCUGAAAGAGCAGCUGAGGGAGGCUGAGGAGACGGCUCAGAAAGUUCAGAGAGAGUGUGACGGUCUGAAAGGCGAGCUGGUGGAGCUGCAGCAGCUCUACAACAACAGCCAGCGGGAGCGGACGGCGCUCGAGCAGGAGCUGCAGCGCUGCAAGGCGGAGCUUCAGAAACUCAAGGGCAAGAAGUCCCAGAACUGCACUCGUCCGUCUGAGCCCCCCGUUCUCUCCAUCCCCUUCAUAGGAAUGAUUGUAAUAGUGGCCUUGAUUUGGUGCUGGUGGGAGGAGCUGGCGUCCUAGAGGGGACCAGCAGACCGACUCUGAAGGCUGGAACAUGGCGGUGGCAGCGGUUGCCGUGGCAGCGAUUGUAGUUCUGGUGGUCCCCAGCUUCACCCGGGCCUGAGGACAACACAGGAAGAGUGACCUCACGGGGGAGGUGUGUGGGAUUGAGGGAUUGCAUUCACCCGUCCAGCGUCCUGCCCUCAUACAUGAUGUCUGCUUUAGCAUCGCUCUGUUACCGGGGACGACACGGCCAGGACGUUGACGUUUUCCCCCCUGCAGGACGUCAGUGAGUGAUGGCGGGAGAGCAAUGAGAUGAUGUGAAGAUGAAGUCGUCCAGAAAGACUUGAAGUCCUCCUGCAGGUUUUUAUUGUAGCUUCGGUGUGACAGCUGAUGUGUUCAUCCGCUCUGAGGUUUCAACAUCCACCUUCAUGAUCCCAGAGUCCAGAGGAAGCGUUUGCUCUGUUUGGUUUAGUUUGGAGUGAUCUGUUGAUUCUCAGCAGGAUCGGCUGUACGAGUGUUUAAAAAAGAUAUAUAUAAUGUAGAAGUCUUUAAUCAAAUAUUAAAAAGAGAAAAACAUCAAGAGGAAGAAGAAGCUGCAGCUGGGACUCACCACCAGCUGAUUCAGAAAACAUGAAAAAACCUUGGAGCUGUAAAUCAGAACUUCAUUUAUUUUAUUUUAUUACUCAUGUUUUAAAUCAUUUGGUUUGUGAGACCAAACUUCUAAAAACCAAAAGAUGUUUGUAAAGAUAUCAAGCCGAGAGAAGCUGCUUUGAGGGUGACUUUUCAUUGACAGAUGUUGAAUUCUUUGCCUUAUUUCUCCGUAAUGGAUUUAAAGAAUAAUUUGCACUUACUGAGUUUAACUCACAGAAGUACGGACGAGGAUUAGAGCCAACUAAGGAGAAAUAAAUAAAGAGAAGAGGAAGAUUUUCAUUAUUCACUUUGAGAAAAAAGUCCAAACGUUGAGUAUAAAGUCGAUUCUAUUCUCAACAUUUCUACUUUUUUCCUUUAAGGAAGAAUGUGCGACUUUUUGAAUCAGUAGAUGUCGCCCUUGAGCACCAGCAUGAAACCAAAACAAACUGCUGUUUGGCCACGCCUCCUCCAUACUGAAGCCUCUGCUCUCCUCCAGAGAUAUACCUCUAACCCCCCUCUACUCGCGUUUGCACGAAGGAGUUAUGAAUUAGAAUGACCAUAAUUAAGCAUCAUUAAGUACAAGCAACGGAUAAAAUUGUCCUUUUCUUGAGCUGCAAUCGCUUGUGGCCUGCAUUGUUGUGUUAGCUUGACAUGUCUGGCUCUAAUCCUCUCCCGUACAGAGGAGAUAACGGUAGCAGAAAAACUGAUUGUUAUUAGUUUUUAUGACAUUUCCUCCGCUUUCAUCCUGCUUUAAGUGUCAUGUUCUCGUGUUCAUCCAAAAAAUGACUAUUUCUUCUGAUUAUUCAAUCGGUUUCUUUUGUAGCAUGAGAGACAGUGAAAACGUCUUACCUUCCUAUCCCUUUACAGAACCAUUUAAAAUGUCUGUAUUUGUAUGUUUGUGGUACCAAACAGUAGCAGGUACACCUACAGAAGUUAAACAGCACUAUUUUUAAACGUAGAAAGUAUUUUUUUGGACUUAAAUCACUUUAAUGAGAGAUUAUUUGUGACUGAUGUCACUGUGCCAGUUUUAAGCUCAGAGUUAUUUUAGAUUUUAGACAGAUGUUUUGCACAGCUGGAGGUUUCAGAGACCUAUGUUAAUUUUCUGUUUUAUCUGGACAGAGGGUUAUUCUCUGAGGUGAACUGUAAAUUUAGAAUCUUAUGUAUGCAUAUUAUGUUUUAUGUAAGAUGUAGAGGAUCAGAAGAUGACAGAAAAAAAAAACUAAAGAAAAACAGAAUAUUUAUUUUCUUCUUAUUCAGAAUUGUUGAAGAGUAAUGAUAUAUAGGGUCUUAAUUAUUUGUGUGUGAUAAGGAUGAUAUACCCUGAUGUCCAUUUAACCACUUUGAAAACACAGGAAGUUGUUUUACUCAGUGAGACAACCAUCUGACAGUUUUUUUUAUUUGGAAUAGAAGAGGAUCGAGAAUAGAGCCCUGUGGGAUGCCUUUACUUUGAUUUAGACCCACUGAACGACUUUGACUAGAGUUUGAUUGAAGAAUAGUCCCACAAAACAUUUUAUACAUCAGAAGUCCACCUGCAGAUAAAACAGUCUGUCUUCUU